UUUUUUUUUCUCCCCAUUAGAAAAGAUCAAAAGGCUUCAAAUUGACCUCAUGAAAUUACAUUUUAUCCUUACAAAAUACCUCUUUGCCGCUCUAACAUAUUGAGCAAACCUUCCUUAAAAGGUUGGUUGAGUUUUAUUGGUCAAGUAAGCCCCUCGCGGGAAUUACGAAGCGGCCUUCGAUGGAGACGGAGAAAGAAAAGAAAGAAGGGACAGAAAUCGAUGGAUCCCUAAGCGAUGAAGGUUCGCGUACUGCAGAAGGGAGGGCCAUUGACUUAGCGACGACACCACAAGGUCUGGACUUCUCUCAAAAUUUCCCUAUGAGCUCCGAAGAUCAAUCCGUCGACGAAAUCGAAUCAAACUCAGCAAAGAGGAAACAUCCUGAUGAUGGUCACUUAGAAGGCUCAGAUGCCAAAGCUGCCCAUCUGGACCUCCAACCCUCAGAUGAAUAUGAAGCUGUUAGUGGGCUUGUUACCAUAGCAACACCUGUAGCUAUAGCAACAAGUCAGGAUACUCCCAUUAGUGACACAUGUUCAACUGAUCUGAAUAUCACUAAUGCUCUGGCGGCAAUCACUGGUCAAGCUAGUCAUGAACCAACCCUUCUACCAAGUGCCCCAGCCCCCGAAGUUCAACAAGAUAGGGUGAACCAGGCGUGGUUCACUACAAAGGAGGAUAAGGACACUUUGCAUGGGAAAGGAAUGAAGUGGCGUCAAGGAAUGUGGUCAAAGGAAGAGAAUGAUCUCUUGAAUGCUAACAUUCUUGAGUACUGUAAAUUAAACAAUAUAUCAGACCCAAACGUCAUAAUUUUCAGCAUGACAAAGGAUGAGAGAAAAGACUUCUAUCGUACCAUAGCCAAGGGCAUCAAGCGACCCCUGUUUGCUAUCUACCGUCGAGUACUGCGUAUGUAUGACAGAAGGAAUUAUAUUGGCAAGUAUUCCAAUGAGGAAGUGGAACAGCUGAAGGCCCUCAAGGAGAAGCACGGUAAUGACUGGGCCACCAUUGGUCAUGCCAUGGGACGCAGUGCCUCUUCAGUCAAGGAUCGAUACAGGCUGCUCAGAGAGAGCUGCCAAUCAGGUAAAUGGACUGCUGAUGAGGAGGAGCGCCUGUCUAAUGCUGUCCAUGAGGCAAGUGGCACCCAACCUGGGGAGAGUGUCACUGGUGGUAUUUCUUGGUCUAUUAUUGCUGAGAAAGUGGGGACACGGUCAGAGAAACAGUGCAGAUCAAAAUGGCUAAACUACCUGAAUUGGAAAGAGAAAGGGGGGAAAGAAUGGACCAAAAAGGAUGAGAUUAAACUUAUUAACAAGAUUUAUGAUUUGAAUGCUGAGGAGGAAAACCUUGUAAACUGGCAAACACUGAUGUCAAACUGGCCCAGUCAAGGAUCGAUACAGGCUGCUCAGAGAGAGCUGCCAAUCAGUGUCCGUUCACCUCAAUGGCUGAGAAGCAAGUGGUGGGGGUUAAAGAAACACUGCCCUGUUAGCUGUGACACAUUUAGAGAGAAACUUGACUACCUACGAUGUAACUGGGUUGACACGCUUCAGUCGAAGAUAGAGCGUCAAGAAACCAGAUACAAGGGUGGCCGUAUUACCCACAACUUUGUGUCAUCACCUCGCCAAGCAGCAUAUACCUCAGGGCUUUCGUCAAACAGCAUUGCCCAGACUAUCACAGUAAACAGUGAUGGUUCAAUCACACGUGAAGAUGAAACUGUACUGCACCCCCAGGGGAGAUAUGAGGUGGUCACUGUCAACACCAUCCCCAAUACAGAGGGGGGCUACCACACCCAGACCAGCCAGGGCCAGCCGUCCUAUAUUAUUCACUCACUGCCCACUUCCCUAGCAGCAGGACAGACCUACAUCAUCCAGCAGCCAACCUUAGAGCUUAUGAGGCAGGGGCAUGUGGAGGGUAGCUUGGCCUCACAAGGAGAUCAGGUCCAUAUCACCCCGCAGGGUGUUGUCAUGACUGCUACAGUUCUGCAACAAAAUCAAGGAGUCCGAAGCCUUGCAAACGUGAGCCCAGAGCUAGCUCAAGCCAUCGUACAGACAGACAUCACCGGGCCCAUAACUGCAUCAGAACUAGAAAACCCAAACCACCUCUCUGACAACCCAGACACCCAGUCACUACACCUCUCUGAUUCAGGAGCCGAACAGUCACUUGAAAGUAACACGCUGCAAGAGAGUCUUCCACACCAGGUUGACAUCAGCCAAACGCAUGUGGAGGAAGCCGAAAUGGUGGGUGCUACUCACAUCAUCCACCCUGCACAGGUGGCGGCAGCAGUACCCCAGAUGGGUGUGGUUGAGCAGAUGGGGGAGCAGGGGAGUCAGCUGAUGGAACAGAAUGAUAACAGACAUGAUACAUACCAGCAAGGUCCAGCAGCUAUAGCCCAAUCACUAGAUGACACAGUUUUGACAGUCUCCUCAGGAACCCAGCAAAUAUCACAACAUCCACUCUCCCAACCCAUCCUAUCAGAGGCCAUCCCACAGUCCUUCAAAACGCUAGUCUCCACUUUUUCAACAAUCCCAGGAGAAGUAACCCAUGUGGUACAAACAGAUGUCAUGCAGAGCAGUGCCAAUGAGCAACUCCAUUUGUCAAGCUAUGCACCACCAGACACAAUCGAAGCACAGAAUGAUGUAGAGGUUGCUAGUGAAAACUCUCAUCAUAUGUCAAAUAUUGGCAGUGUUGACAUAGCUUGUAACGCUGAGAUACCACAUCAUUCCCUUCAGCAAGCGACAGCAGAUGAUGAUGUAACCCCGCAAGCUGUGCUGCCAGAGCAGUUUCUUCAGUUGCAUGCUGAUGAGCAUGUUGAGUUGCCAAGUGAAAGUCAUUCCACUUUAGAGCCUUCUGUUGUCGUUACUAGCAUGUAAUUCCAAAACAAUUACAACAAACUUUGAAAUGUGGAAGGUGCUAUAGAGUAGGUCCUUUGCACCACAUAUUAAGUACAGGUUUAUUCCAUUUAUUUUUGACAGGCAUCAUGCCUCCCCCAACCAUGGCGUGUGUUUGUAUGUUUGUUAAGUAUGAGAACAUAAUAAAAGACAAAGGAAACAAGGUGUUGUUAAAAAGAUUAUCUAUUGAUAGUGAUGUUUAAGAAGGCUUGUUAGUAAUUCUUUUUAGCAUUUUUUCAUUUUAUUCGUAAAAUUGACAUCUAGUAGUCUCCAAUCUCAUCAGAUUCCAUUCAUGUUUUCGGAUGAUAAUAUUUAAUCAAUUUAAUUAAUUUGUCUGCAUACUCCAUUUUCUACCCUCUUGCUUUGGCCAACAUUGUGUUGUCCUACAAUUUGUUUAAGAGAAAGCAGAUACACCUUUGUUGUUUUCAGCAAAUAAAAGCUCUGUGGUUUUCUUCAUAUAUACGCAAAGAACAGAGGUAUAGAUUAUUUUGAUUAGACAUGACAAAUUCAUACAAUUAUUAUUUAGAUUUCGAAUCCUCUUGAAAUUCAAUGUCUUAGCUUAAAAAUGCGACCAAUACGCAAUUCUGUGCUUCCCCAUUUUAGUGGAGCUUAGAGGACCAUACAAUACAGCUACUCACCAAGUUCUGUCCCUAUCCCGAAAUACAAUAUCGAUAAUUUGAAGUAUUUUUAAUUUGUUCUCCAUGCAAAAAAAAAAAAAAAAAAAAACUUGCAUGCUCGAUGGAACACCCUAAUGAUUCAUGUUGUGGACCUGGGAGACAUUGUGCAUUGGGACAUUUUUCUAUUGUCAUGUAGCAAACUGGUAACUCGAUCUUGAAAUAAGUUUGCUGCAUAACAAUAGAGUGCUCUGUUAUUUCCUUGCAAAACACAUGCAAAUGUCUCCUAAGUCCACAACAUUAAUAAUUAGAGGGUUUCCAUUGAGCAUGCAAGUGUUUUGGCUUGGGCUAGAGAACGGAUUAAAACCACUUCAUUCUCGAUGUUGUAUUUUGGGAUAGGGACAGAACUUGGUGACUAACUGUAUUGUAGCCCCCCUAAGCUCUACUAAAACAAGGAAGCACAGAAUUGCUAAUUUAUCGAUUUUUAAGCAAAGACUUUGAAUUUUCAAGAGGAUCAGAAAUCAAUAAUAAUUGUACUAAUUCUGUCUUUGGUCAUGUCUAAUAAAAACAAUCUAUACCCCUGUCCUUGGCUUACAUAUGAAGUCAACCACUAAGCUUUCAUGGGCUGAAGACAACAAAGUUGUCUCUGCUUUUUAAAAAAAAAUGAAGGAUAGCAUGCAACAAAAAAAAUUUACAUGGUCAGUUUAGACUUGCCACUAUGAUCCCCAUUAUGCCCUAGCAUAAGUUAUGUCUCUCCACAAAUUUUAAGAAAAAGCAUUGGUUAUUUUUGGAAAUAUAUUGGAAUGUUCCUAAAAUACUGGUCUGUUCUCGUGUUAAAUAACUUUAAAUCAGUUACAGAUAAAUAAAAUAAAACAGUAGCACAUCAAAUAUGGAUGAUUGAAUAUAAUCCUCGAAUGAAAUCGGAAAAGAUUCGAGACUACUAGACGUCAAUUUAUAACAAGUAAA